GCUAAAGACUUGCGCGGCGAGCUCGCUGAGCGGUUGGCAAAACCUCCCGCGCGAACCACGGUGAGGCCUCCCUGAUCUUCAGCGUCGGUUCUGGAGCUACAGGGAGACAGUUCUAGACCAUACUAGUUUGUAUGCAUGUCUCCAUUUUUAGUCGAGCGCGUGCAAGCAUCGACUUCCGUACAGCCCCAUCGCGGUCAGCACUGUCCCCUCGGCGCCCCCGGUGGUGCGGGCUUCCCUGCACAAGCGCACUUCACACAUAGACAUUACUUUAGACAUGACUGGCUCAUCCAGCGUAACAUUAAGCUUGAGCUCACCUGAGCAGCAACUUCAAGAGACCUGAGACCUAAGCGAUAACCUGACCGGCCAGCAACACCCACCAAGCGAUUGGAAACGAAUUCUCUAUCACUUCACUUUGCGGUGAAUCUGGCCUGGAGCUGCUGAGGAGCGGGAUGACCAUUCGCGGCCAAAGAGAGGUCUAUACGACCGAGCAGCUUUAUGAACAGCUGCGGCCGCGGCUGGCCACGUCGGACGCAUGGAUGGCCAAAAACCACCCGCAGCUGUGGGCGGCGGCAGACGCCAUGGUCGAGUCGCUCCAGAAGAAGGAGUGCUAUGGCGGCGGCGUGACGCAGCGUGCCGCCCACCUGGCGGCGCACCUCAAGGCCACCGACCCCUUCCUGGCCAAGUGGCUGGAGGAGCGCGCAGCGCUGGACGCGGACGGCGGCAACGCCGGCAGCGCCGAGGGCGAUGGCGCAGCAGCGGCGCCUGGUAAAGGCAGUGAGGGCAGCGGUUCGCAAGGGGCAGCAGCAGGCCCGGACGUGGCGGCCGCCGAGGCCGCUGAGGCAAGCGCGGCGCAGGACCGGGCCGAUGGCACGGCGGACGCGUCGACGUCAGCGGCGUCCCCCAGGAAAAAGGGCGGGUCGGGCGGGGGCAAGGGCGCGAGUGAUAAGGGCUCGGCCGCUGUGAAGCGGAGCAACAAAAAGGGCGGCGCGGCCACCGCGCUGGAGUACCUCACGACCACCUUUGCCCACCUGCGCGAGCAGCGCACGCUGGUGAUGGGCGACAAGAAGGACCGGCUGCUGCGCGAGGUGGCGGCGCUGCGGCAGCUGCGCGGCGGCCCCAUCAACGUGCUGCGCGGCGCCACGGCCGGCGGCACCACCAUGGGCCAGAUGCUGGCGGCGCUCAAGCUGGCGGACCAGGACGACGGCAGCAGGGGUGCCGGAGCUGGAGGCGGGGGAGGCGGAGGUGGUGGGGGAGAGGGGCAGCAGCCGCAGCAGCAGCAGGAGCCGGCCGUGAAGGUGGAGGCACCGGCGGAGGCUGGCGCCGCCGCGCCAGGAGUGGAUGUGGAGGCGUCACAAUCGGGGCAGCCGCAGUCACAGACGCAGUCACAGACGCAGUCACAGACCCAGCAAGAUGCGGGGCAGUCGCAGCCGCAGUCACAGCAAGACCUAGGGCAGUCGCAGUCACAGCCGCAAUCACAGACGCAACCGCAGUCGCAGCAAGGGGGGCCGGCGCCGGAAGGGGCCGCGGGCGGCAAGGCCAAGCAGUCGGCUGCGGCUGGGAAGAAGUCUGAGGGCGGCAAGGGCCGCAAGUCUCAGGCCGGUGACGGGCACUACCUGGACAACCUAACCUGCGUGGUGUGGGAGGACUGGCGGGUGCCUGAGCGCCUGGACACCAUGCUGGCGGCCGGCGACAGCCUCGCUGUGUUCGUGGAGGUGCACUGCCGCGACGGCCCCGAGGACACGCGGCUGGCCAUGAGCCUCAGCACCUUCGUGGCGCUGGCGCUGUGCAGCCAGCGGCUCAUUGCCGAGCUGUACCAAGACAUGGUCAUCACGCCGCAGCGCGCCGCCGCCCUGCGCCCGCAGCGGCAGCGGCAGCGCACCGCCGCCGAGGCCGCCGCCGCCGCGCUGGGCCUGCUGGACGAGUGCGUGCACAGCCUGGACUACGUGGACUUUGUGGAGGCGCUGCACCGCCGCAUGCCGCUGCGCUGCGGCUGGAUGUACGCCAACGCCAUCAUGCCCACCGCCGCGGAGUGGGACCGCAUCUUUGGGCCGCAGGCGGGGCGGCUGAGCGGGCUGUACGACGGCGGCGCCGACCUGGACGCGCUGGGCCGCGCCUGCAUGGCCUUCCACACCAGCCGCCACGAGAGCCCGGUGCUGGACGUGCACGCGCUGGCGGCGCACCUGCGCGCCACGCAGGCGGCGGAGCGGCAGCGCAAAACCGCGGCCCACCGCCACCACUAUGAGCAUGAGGCUGCGGUUGGGAAUGGGGUUGCAGGUGCGGCAGUGGGGUGUGACCCGUGCCUGGAGGCAUUGGGCCUGAGCGCCGGCGGCAGUGCUGCCGGCGCAGGGGUGGCCGGUGUUGGCGGCAACGGCGGGGCUAAGGAGUUUGGCGUCGUGUCGGCGGAGCCGGGCGCGCGGCCGCCGUCGCUGCUGCUGCGGCCGCCGGGCGACAGCGGCUUUGUGCCGGGGACCAUUCACCCCGCUGACGUCGGCAAACCGCUCGCCGACACCGGCGGCAGGAGCGGCAGCAGCAGCAGCGGCAAAAUGGGUGGCUACGACCUGGGCCACCUCAGCUUCACCUGUGUGACGUCGGCGUCCCUGGCGGACGACUUCCUCGGCGAGGUAAUCCGCCAGACCACCGCCGGCCACGCCGCCGCCGAGGUGGCCGCAGCGGCCGCCGCCGCCGCCACCGUCCGCGCCGCCAAAUGCGCCGGCCUGGGCCAGGGCGGCUGCAGCUGCGCUGACGACGUGGCGGCAGCGCAGGCGGCGGCAGCAGCCGCCGCCGCCGCCGCAGAGCGGCUCUCCUCCGUUGUCGAGGAGCCGCUGGCGCCAGCGGCGGCGCCGUUGAUGCCUGGCAUCGGCCACGCCCAUGGCGCUGACGAGGACGAGCUUUUUGAGGCGGUGACGGAGGAGCUGAACGCGGUGGCGGAGGCGGCCAUUCUGGCGGAGCGUGACGCGGAGGCGGCGGCGGACGCCGCCGAGGCCGCCGCCGCCGCGGCGGCGGCUGCCGGCGGCGACACGGGGGCGGCGACGGCGGCGCACCAUGCGGCCAUGGCCAGCGCCAGCAACGCCAGCAGCCUGCAGCAGUCGCUCAAGGGCGCGUUCGCGCACCGGGUGCAGCUGAUGCCGGGCGUGUUCUACUCGUACUUCAUCGGCAGCCAGGCCUUCACCAACACCGCGUGGCACGUGGAGGACUUCCUGCUACAGUCCAUCAACAUGAUGGUGGUGGGGCGGCCCAAGGCGUGGUGGUGGGUGCCGCGCGCCGCCGAGGCCGGCUUCAAGCAACUGCUGGAGGACCAGUGGGAGCUGGAGGAUGUGUACACCAAGUGUGUACCGCUGGCCAGUGAGACGGUGGACAAGCUGAUCAAGAUGGGCUGCCGGCGCACCGUGCAGCUGCCCGGCUCCGUGUUCCUCACCUCGCCUGGCUUCGCCUUCCACACCACCAUGUCCUCCGGCUGGUCCAUGGCCGACUCAUCCAACUUCAUGGCAAACAUCCUGGGCAAGGACAUGCACGUGCUGGAGAACGAGCGGCCGCUGGAGCAGUACCCGCCCGCCGAGGGCCGGACCAACACCGGCGAGUGGGUGCGCUUCACCAUGCGCCGCAUCGAGGCGCUGCGGGCGCUCAACGACCCCGCCUACGCCCCGCGCCCCAUGAACCGCCUGCGCACCGAGGAGGUGGCGCGCCGGCAGCGCGCCGCCGACAAGGCGCGCGAGGAGGCGGAGGCGGCGGAGGAGGAGGCGCGCGAGGCGGCGCGCGCGGCCAAGCGCGCGGCUAAGGAGGCGGCGCGGCAGGCGCGGCUGAAGCGCGAGGCGGAGGAGGCGGAGGCGGCGGGGCCGGCGGCGCAGGGCGGGAAGGACGCGGCCGGCAGCACCAAGCCCCCCGCUGGAGCCGGCAAGGGAUUGGUGGCUGCGAAGAAGGAGCCCGGGACCGGCGGUGCCGGCCGUGACGCGCGCAACGGCGACCAGCCGGCUGCAAAGAAGAUCAAGCUGGAGGGCAAGCAGCCGGGGUCAGGCUCAGGUCCGAAGAAGGCGGGGGCCGGCGGCGCCGGCGGCUCGGGCAAGGACGGCGCAGCUGCGUUGCCAUCGGGCGCCAGUCGGAAGCGGACGUCGGCCGUGAACGGCAGCAACAAGGCUGGCCGGGCGGGCAGCGGCGGCCUGCAGUCACAGUCAUCGCAGCAGCUGCUGACGCUGCUGCAGACCGCGGGCCGGCCGCAGCAGCGGGCGCAGGAGCAGCAGCCCCAGCCAAAGGCGGAGCCGGGCAGUGGCAGCGGCGGAGUAGGAGCACGUGCCGCAGGUGUCAAGGAAGAGCCCGGCCAGGCCUCCGGGCACGGCAACGGUGUUCAGGUGGUGGUCAAGUUCCAGCCCCCGACCUCCGCCCCCGUCGGCGUCGGCGCCCCAGGCGCCACCGCUGCUGCCCCGGGCGGCAGCUCCAGCAGCGGCGGCGGCGGCGGCGGCUCGGACUGCUACAGCCAGGGCAACACCAACGGCUGUACGGGCCCUAGCGGUGUGGAGCAUGUGGUGAUGCUGGCGAAACGCGGCAACGAUGACCUGGCGGCGCAUGUGGGUCUGAGCGCCUCUGGCAGCGCCAGCGGCGCCGGCGCAAGCGCCGAGGCUAAGCUGCUGCCUAUCAAGCGCGAGAGCAGCGUUGACGGUAGCACGCUGAUGGGCCUUGGCGGCGGUGGAGGCGGCGGCGCGUACAAGCGUUCGAGCGCGGAGCAGGCGCUGCCGUCGGCGGCGCGGCUGGUGAUGAACGAGCAGCGGCUGCAGCUGCACGAGCUGCGGCAGCUGCAGCACGAGCAGCACAUGCUGCAGGAGCAGCUGCAGAAGCUGCACGCGCAGCGCCGCAACGCCGACGACCGCCUCAUGCAGAUGCAGUGCGAGGCGCUGCCGGCAGGGGCGGGGGCGGGGGCCGGCCGGCCGCACGACCACCUCCACCAGCACCUGCACGACGCCAACGGCCAACAACAAGCCCACCAUGGCCACAGCCGCGUGUUCGACGUGCACACGAACGAGACUACCGGGCUCAGCAAGCACCCACACCAGCCGCAGCCACACCCGCAGCCGCAUCCGGCGGCGUCCGCGGCCGGGGCCACCGCGCCCGCCCUGGACCUGUCGGCUCCCGGCCUGCCCUGCACCAACCUGCUCGGCCUGCACCUGCAGGAGCACCAGCAGCUGCUGAUGCAGGUGGAGCGCGCCGGAAGCGGCACCAGCGGCGGCGCCCCUGCCGGCCGGGGGGUGCUGGAUACCCUGCGCGUCAUGUCGGGCGGGAGCACCUCCAGCCAGCUAGGCAACUCCGCCACUGCGGGGGCGGUCGCACCAGCAGCGCUGCGCAGCUCGCACUCAGCCUCCGCCGCCGGUAGCGGCCUGCUAGGCAGCCUGGGUCUGGGGCGGGAGGAUGCGCAGACGUUGCUGCGGCGCGUCAGCAACACCGCACAGGGAGGCGAUGUCGGCGGCGGCGGCGGCACCGGUGGGGACUACCUGGACAUGAUGCUGCAGCGGCGACGUCAGCUGCAGCUGCAGCAACAACAGCAGCAGCAGCAGCAAUACCAACAGCAGCAGCAGUCACAGCGGCUGCAGGGCUGUGAGCAGAUGCUGGGCCUGCACGACCAGGGCAGCGCGCUUGGCGGCAGUGGCCUGGCCGGUGGGCUGGGCGGUCGGGAGCGCGGCCUGGGCGGUCUACUGGGCGGGGGCGCCGAGGCUUCCCUGUGCGCAGACCGCCAGGCACCGCUGCAACAGCACCAGCAGCACCAGCACCUGCGGCUGCCGGGCGCUGGCAGCCCCCGCGGCAGCCUGGGCUCUGCGCUGCUUGGCGGCGCGGGAGCGCACCGGCAGGCCGGCAUCGCGGCGGAAGGCCUGCGGCUGCCGUUCCCGGCUUGAACGAGGCCUGAUAGGGGUGGGGCCUGAGGCCGCAUAACAAGUGCUAGUAGGGAGCGUGGUUCGGCCACAGGGUCCAGGUUUGGACACACAUACAGCCUGAUGCAUCUUUGAACAUGCGAUGGUCAAUAGCCGAAGGCGCAACUAUUCAGGGGACUGUGACACAGCGAGGCUUAUUCUUUCCAGGCAGCAGGGGGGAACUCCACCACUCCACUCCUCUAACUAGUAGACUCAGUGUAUGCGAGUAUGCGAUACUGCUGACGUGUGGUGCGCAGGCGUGUCAUGUCCAGAACCGCAGAACGCAAUUGCGCUCGGUGCGUGCGUGUGUGCGGUACCACUACUACUGAACGCUGCUUGCGCUUUUGACACGUGGGACGCCUGGUGCCGUGGCGCCUGUGCCGGCCUGUGCCGGGGGUACUGCAUGGCCUGCAUGCAAUAACGCGGUGGGGAUAAUUUAGACAGCGGCUCCGCUUGUAUUGUAUGCUGGAUCUUUGGCUGUACUGCAACGGGGAGGCAGGUUACUGACAUCAGCGGAGCUAGUUGGCCGCGCCGCGGGUGGAGUACGGUUCCGAGCCUUGCUCUGCUGGGGUGCACUGCCCUGAGGCGGGCUAGGUGAUUCCCACAGAGGGUAGAGUGUGGUAGGGUUGGUGCGGGGCGGGCUAGUCAUGUGCCCCACGUCGUGCGGAAUCGCCCCCUUCCCCUGUAUGGCGCGGCCAGGCCUUGCUCAAAGGAAAGCGGAGCAAUCCAGGGGACUAUGGUAUUGUAGCCGGAAAAUGACGAGUGUUGCGGAACUAAUGCGUACGCAGACCAACUGCGGCCUAGUGGGCGUGUAAGAGUCUAGUUCUCAACUUGAUACUGCUUGGCUGAGUGGGAGUGGGAGUGGACAUGCAACGGGUGCACAUGUGCCUGGAAGCCGCGAAUACUGUAACAGUGUGUCUCUGCGUUGCAGGAUGGAUGGAUGGAGCGCGCAUUGGGAUAAGGAGCUGGUGUGGCCCCGACAGGGCGGCCUUUGGCGCGUUGGCGCCCUUGCUCAUCAAGGCCGGGCACAAUCCAGCGAGCGAUGGAUGCAACACCGUAGUGUACUCCGCUGAAUUCCUGGGGCAAGCAAGAGCAGAGGGUGCUGAGAAGCAAGCUACCGUUUGUGAUGGCUGCAGUCCCGGCGCACAAACCCCACAACCGGGUUACUGCCUUACUGGCCAACGGGCUAGCCUCAUCAGCGCUGGCCAUGAUGGUCCUGGGAUACUGCAUGAACAUGUGUGGAAAGGGUAACUGCGUACCCCGUACCCCGGAACUAGAACC